AUGGCCUCUGCCCCUCCCGCAGACGCCGCCCCCGCCGCGGGGCAUGAUGCCACGUCCCCGCCAGCGACGUCCUCCAAGCAGGACAUCAACCCCUGGUCGGUGUCGGGAGAGGUGGGCGAGGACGGCAAGGUCAAGGCCAUCGACUACCGCAAGCUUGUUGAGGACUUUGGCACGAACCUGAUUGACGAUGCGCUGCUGGAGCGCUUCGAGCGGGUGACGGGCCACAAGCCUCACCGGUUCAUGCGCCGACAGAUUGUCUUUAGCCACAGGGACCUCUCACUUAUCCUGGACCGCUAUGAGAAGAACGAGCCUUUCUACCUGUAUACCGGCCGAGGCCCGAGUAGUGACAGCAUGCACAUUGGCCACACUCAAGUCUUUGACUUUGUCAAGUGGUUGCAAGACGUUCUGGACGUGCCGCUGAUUAUCAUGUUGACGGACGAUGAAAAGUUUCUGUUCUCAGAGAAGAGAACUGUGGACGAGGUCAUGGGAUACUGCCGGACCAACGCCAAGGACAUCAUCGCCAUCGGGUUUGACCCCAAGAAGACAUUCAUCUUCUCCGACUUCCAGUUCGUUGGCGGCGCGUUCUACAAGAACAUUGUUCGCUUCUCCAAGCGAGUCACGUACAACACCGUCAGGGCCAUCUUCGGGUUCGACGGCAGCUCCAACAUUGGCAAGAUUCACUUCGCCAGCAUCCAGGGCGCGACGUCCUUCGCGUCGUCUUUCCCCCACAUAUUCGGCAACGACGAGUCGAAGACGGCCGCGAUCCCGUGUCUGAUCCCGUGCGCCAUCGACCAGGACCCGUACUUCCGCCUGACGAGAGACUGCGCUGCCGGGCUGCACUAUGCGAAGCCGUCGCUGAUUCACAUGCGAUUCCUGGACGCCCUCCAGGGACCGGGAUCAAAGAUGUCGGCCAGCGACGACACGUCGGCCAUUUUCCUUAGCGACUCGGCCAAGCAGAUCAAGAACAAGAUUAACAAGUACGCUUUCUCGGGUGGUCGCGAAACCGUGGAGGAGCACCGCGAAAAGGGCGGCAAUGCCGAAGUGGACGUGUCCUACCAGUACCUCCAAUUCUUCCUGGAGGACGAUGCGGAGCUGAAGAAGAUUAAGGAGGACUACAACAGCGGCAAGCUGCUGACGGGCGAGCUGAAAGCCAUGUGCACCGAGCACCUGCAAAAGUAUGUCUUGUCUUUCCAGGAGAGACGAGGCAAGGUCACGGACGCGGUGGUGGAUGAGUUCAUGGCGACGCGACCGUUGGAGUGGAAGGGCAACCCCAAAGUUCCGCGGGCAGAUCUCGUGGUGCCUGUAACCAAGCCAGGCGAGGCCAACGCAGAUGGUGCCGCCGUCGGAGGCGCUGCCGACGGCAAGCUGACCAAGAACCAGCUGAAGAAGCUGCUCAAGGAGCAGCAGAUUGCGCAGAAGAAGGCGGAGAAGGCCAAGGAGAAGGCGGCGGCCGGAGAGGCUGCGCCGAGCGCGGGGGCGUAG